AUGCACAUCGUGUACCGCGGUUGGUCCCACAAGGACGAACACAGGGGAAGUCGGGGUGACGAGAUUGCUCGUCACUGGAAGUUAGGAUCUCGAUCACAUUCUUCGCCCUUGGGAGCAAGCUCCCACCUUCCAGGUUGGGCCGCGAGGAGGGCCAAGAGACUCGCCGAAGUUCUUACCGUUCCCGGACGAGGAACAGGCGAGGAAGAGGGGGCUUCAACCCGUACCCGUUUGCGAGCGGGGGUGGGCGAGGACAAAGCGGACGAAGAGGAAGAGGACACCGAUAUUGGUGAAGAAGUUCGUCGAUGUCUCUUCUUAGGAGACCGAAGGAUGGAAGAUUUUCUUCUUAAACUCGCCUCUUUCGAGGGAGCUUUUCUCUUGGCCGGAGUCGAGGAUGGACCGGCGACGGGAGCGGGAGGCGCGGAAGACGAGGAAGACGCCGACAGAGAAGGGAGAGCGGCCGACAAGGAAGAGAGGCGAAGGCCAGCCGAGCUGGCAAGGCGGCGGACGAAGGACGAAGGAGGAGCAGGAGGGGGAGACUGGACCCGGGACACUAACAUCAGCCAUGACACGAAACUUCUCCACGAAAUUCUUAGGCAAUUAGAACUUACUGCUUCGAGUCCUUCGGGCAACGUUCGAAGGAGGAGAUUUGACGAGUUUUCGAGGGGUAGACGGGGCCAUGGUGGGUAUGAAGAGAUGAAUUUAGUGAGAGAGUUGGUUGAGAUGUAA